AAAUGAUUAAAUUUAUUGAAUUUGUAUCAGGAUUAAGGAUUGAGCCUGCUUAGCCGGCCCAAGCAGAGGUUCUUCUGGAGCCGACUGAAAUGCCGUGCUUAACAGAACACUGUACUAAAGCUGAUCCACUCUGUCUCAUAUAAGCCUCAGAACUUGUCUCUGUUUGAACCACAGAUAUUCUCUCCACAUCUUCUCUCUCUCCUAAUCCCCAUAAAAGCCCUCUCCCUCCUCCCACCAACAACCAAACCUUUCGCCUCAUUUUCUUCCUCAAGCAAAAAGACAACUUCUUCCUCCUCCAUCCUCAUUGAGUGAACUUUGCUUAUCCCACGUAAAGCUAAUAUUUUUCCUGCUUGAUUCGUGUCCCAAUGCCGUCAAACUCCGGCGACAAUCCCCGACCAUCCAAGUCUCAGGCUCCGCCACCGGAACAAGAGCAUCUCCCAUGUCCUCGCUGUGACUCCACCAACACCAAGUUCUGCUACUACAACAACUAUAACUUCUCCCAGCCGCGCCAUUUCUGCAAGGCUUGCCGACGCUACUGGACUCACGGUGGCACCCUCCGUGACAUCCCCGUCGGUGGUGGCAGUCGUAAAAACGCGAAACGCUCUCGCACCGCCUCUACGGCUUCUUCCUCCGUCACGGCGACUUCUUCAGUUUCUACUCAGGACCACCCGCUUCCUACAACCCCUGUUUUUGUACCCAUGUCGGCUGGCCAAGGGGGGUCCAUGCCGUUUGGGGGCAACGGUGGAGUUGAGAGUGAUUUGAAAUCUAGUAUGGGAAUGUGUGGAAGCUUCACUUCUUUGCUUAACAACACCACCCAAGGGCCUGGAUUUCUGGCUCUAGGCGGGUUCGGGCUCGGACUUGGCCACGGGUUUGAAGAUGGUUUUGGAAAUGGAAGAGGGGGUUGGGCUUUUCCUGGAGUGGUGGAUGGCGCCAGCAUUAACGGUGGAGUUGGGGCUUCUGGCGUCGGGAAUUCAUGGCAGCUAGAAGGCGGCGAAGGUGGUUUUGUUGGUGGUGCAGACUGCUUCUCUUGGCCAGGACUUGCAAUUUCAACACCUGGAAAUGGUCUGAAAUGAACUUGUUCAUCUUUUUUCUUUUUUUGACUUUUAUUUUGACUCCCUUCGUGCAAGGGAAGGUUCUCUGAUGGUUUAGAAUCUGGGUUUAGAGUUUAGCUUACUGCGUGUUUGGGGGUAUAUUUAUUAGAGACAUUAGAAAAAACACUAAGACCUUUUUCUUGUUUCCUUUGUUCCAUCAACUAUCUCGUUCUGUGUACGCUACUGGUGUCUACUUGUCCAGUGUUAAGCUGUGUGAAAUUUCUGCAAUAUCUGUAUCUGAUAUAAUUUCAAACUUCAAAAUCGUCUGCUUAACCAA